UAUCAUCUUACAUCAGCACAAGAAGAAGAGUGAGCAUAGCACACCGAUGUCAGACCCUGCCACUAGCCUCCUUAACAGAAGUUCCCAGCCAUGAAGCCUCUCCUUGUUGUGUUUGUCUUUCUUUUCCUUUGGGAUCCAGUGCUGGCAGGUAUAAAUUCAUUAUCAUCAGAAAUGCACAAGAAAUGCUAUAAAAAUGGCAUCUGCAGACUUGAAUGCUAUGAGAGUGAAAUGUUAGUUGCCUACUGUAUGUUUCAGCUGGAGUGCUGUGUCAAAGGAAAUCCUGCACCCUGACAUAAGAAACCAAUGAAUGGCCACUAUCCUGUAGGCCCUUGAUUCUGCCAUCUUUCACAAAACCAGGGAAUUUAGAUCAAACUGUGACACCAUGAUGUGUCCAUGACUACUGGUUUUUAGCAUUUUUAUAAGCCAGCAGACUCUUGUGGUCUUAAAUUUAAAGAGCUGAGCUGUAGCCUUCUUUAAAAGAGCUCAGUUUUUCACAAAAACAAUGUAGAAGAUAUUUUCUCACUUCAAAGUGAUGUCCAGUGUGCUCAUCAGCACCUGCUUCUCCCUCUAAUCAUAGAGGAUAUUCUUAUUAUUUAGAGAGGCUUCAAGAGAAACAACUUUUGACACCUAAGUCGUGUCCUACCUUGGCUUCAGCUUCGCAUUUCCCAUUUCUGUGAAAUUCCCAACUUUAGAGAAGCAGAUUUGCCAUGGCCUUCUGACAACCUUGUACAUCUCUCACAUAAACCGCAUAGGCAGGGCUUAACUACAGGCUGGCCCGAGUCUGGACUGAGUCUGACCCUGAAGUUCCUUUGGAACAGGAGAGGCCAUCUUGUGAAGGGCUGGAACAAGGUAAUUUCUCAUCCACCUCCCUACUUUCAGUUGAGCAAUGGAACUUCCCACCUGAGCCCCCAGGGUUCAGCUACAGGCUAUAAGACUGCCGUCCUGUGGUUUAGUGUUGGUUCCUUAGCAGCAGAGUGAUGCCACCUCUGCUGCCCGUCAUCUGACUCCUCUGGAUGGGUGUUAUCCUGUGGCUUAAGAGCUAACACCAUGCUGAUCUUGCUUUGCUAUAUGUGUAACUAAUAAACUGCCUAAAUCCA